UUUAGGCGGCCGAGACAGCUAGUUGGUCGGAUGCGGAAGUGCUUUCCAGGCCGUUUACAGAAAGGUCUACUCAACACCCUGCAAAAAAUCUGGUUGACACAGUGAUUCCCCCCUCUUUAGAUGCGCCCCCUUGUUUCCGACUUCCAGUGUACAGCUCGCAGGAAUCGUGGGGAAGAGUGCUAGAUUGAAUCAGCAUUUAAAGACUUCUUUACAGCACCUGAGCUAGACAGCUCCAGUAAGCUCAGCUUUCAUACUACAUUUGUUUUCUCAAGAAAAGCAGGAAAUGGCCAAACCCCAGGAACCAGUGACAUUUGAGGAUAUAGCUGUGGAUUUCACGCAGGAGGAGUGGCAGUACCUGAACUCUCCACAGAGGACCCUGUACCGAGAUGUGAUGCUUGAGACCUACAGCAACCUCGUUUCCGUGUGUGAGGUGGCUUCCAUAGGCUCUGAAGACCAAGGAGGUAUCUCUCAUUUAUCAUCCUUAGAACAGCAGGUUACUAAGCCAGAUCUCAUUAUCAAGUUGGAGGUAGAAGAACCAGACCCAGAAGAUGGGGAAAUUCCAGUUUGGAGCUUUCCAGAAGUCUGCCAGAUUAAUGAACAAUUUGAGAGGCAACAACAAGAUAAGCAAGAUAAGUAUCUGUUGAUGCAAGUUAGACUCCCUAAUGACAACAUAAUUAUCAAGAGUGGCCAGAACUAUACUGAUUUUAGAAAUGCAUUUCAUCUGAGCACAGGCCUUCUUGUUCCAAUGCAGAGAUCCCAUAAAUUUGAAUCAUUUGGAAAUACUAUGGUAGACAACUUAAACUUGCUUACUAAAAGCUCUACAGAAAAUAAACAUGAUACUGGGGGUGCAAAAUUUUUCUUCCAUACAGAAUAUGAAAACCCUAAUUUCAUAGUGAAACCCUGUGGAUAUAAAGAAUAUGAGAAAACCCUCAGGCGAAAGAAAGGUCUUAGCCUUCAUCAGAGAAUUAAAAAUGGAGAGAGGCCUUUUGAAUGCACUGCAUGUCAGAAAACCUUCAGCAAAAAGUCACACCUCAUUGUCCAUUGGAGAACUCAUACAGGAGAGAAACCAUUUGAAUGUUCUGAGUGUGGGAAAGCCUUUAGCCAAAAGUCUCAGCUCAUUAUACACCUCAGAACUCAUACAGGAGAAAGACCUUUUGCAUGUCCAGAAUGUGGCAAAGCCUUCAGAGAAAAGUCAACUGUCAUCAUACAUUAUAGAACUCAUACAGGAGAGAAGCCUUAUGAAUGUAAUGAAUGUGGGAAAGCCUUUACUCAGAAAUCAAACCUCAUUGUUCAUCAAAAAACCCACACAGGAGAAAAAAACUAUGAGUGUACCAAGUGUGGGGAAUCUUUCAUACAGAAACUUGACCUAAUUAUACACCAUAGUACUCAUACAGGAAAGAAGCCUCAUGAAUGUAAUGAGUGUAAGAAAACUUUCAGUGAUAAGUCAACCCUCGUUAUACAUCAGAGAACUCACACUGGAGAGAAACCUCAUAAGUGUACUGAAUGUGGGAAAUCUUUCAAUGAAAAGUCAACCCUCAUUGUGCACCAAAGAAUUCACACUGGUGAGAAGCCCUAUGAAUGUGAUGUGUGUGGGAAAACUUUCACCCAAAAAUCAAAUCUGGGUGUGCAUCAAAGAACUCAUUCAGGAGAGAAACCCUUUGAGUGUAAUGAAUGUGAGAAAGCCUUCUCUCAGAAAUCCUACCUCAUGCUACAUCAACGAGGCCACACUGGCGAGAAGCCCUAUGAAUGCAAUGAAUGUAAGAAGGCAUUUUCCCAGAAGUCCUAUCUCAUUAUACAUCAAAGAACUCAUACAGAAGAAAAACCCUAUAAAUGUAACGAGUGUGGAAAGGCCUUUCGAGAAAAAUCAAAGCUCAUUAUCCAUCAGAGGAUCCACACAGGAGAGAAACCCUAUGAAUGCCUUGUGUGCUGGAAAGCUUUCAGCCAGAAGUCACAGCUCAUUAUCCAUCAGAGAACACACACAGGAGAAAAGCCCUAUGAAUGCACAGAAUGUGGCAAAGCAUUCAGAGAAAAAUCGACAUUCACUGUACAUCAAAGAACUCACACUGGAGAGAAGCCCUAUAAGUGUACAGAAUGUGGGAAAGCCUUUACCCAGAAAUCCAACCUUAUUGUACAUCAGAGGACCCAUACAGUAAAGAAAGCCCAUUGAAAAGACCACAUUCAAAAGUCAAAGCCUACUACGCUAUAGUGUCUUUUAUAUAUUAAAAAGGAAAUAUCUAUUCAUUAAAUCUUUUAAAGUAUGACCUGGAUUCUAGCCUAAUCAUUGGGAUAAACUGCAUUUCCUUUCAUCUUUUUCACCUUAAUGCAAGUUGAAAAAGUAGUAUAUGUGUAAUUUCUUUGAAACCACUGGGUUGCCAGAUGAAGAGACUAAAUCAGGCACCAGUGCAGGAGAUUUAAGGGCUUCAGAAGUGAGGCAGCAUAGCUAAGGACCCUGGAGAGGGUUCAGUAGCACACCAAAGUGCAUGACCACAGACAGAUGUGACAAAAACCAUAUGAGGUCUGGGGAGAAACAAGCAGAAAAACCUUGCAUUUACAGAAAUUAAUCUGAUGAGAUUUGAGGAACAGCUAGAGUUGGGGAAGAUGGGUUUAAUAAAGUGAUAGUUGGUCUUGUUUAAUGAUUUGGACAAAGUAAAGUCUGAAAGAACUAAUAUGUGUUAAGGGGGUGUCUCAGUUGUUUAAAAAACUGAUAUCCUGGCAUGUUCUCCACAAAAAACUUUUGGCAAAUAGCAAAUCCAGGAAUGACUUUUCUCAUUCAAAGAAAAGCAUUUAAAGGUAAUUAAAACCACAAAUAAAUUUCCACUUCUGGGAAUACAUAUACUCGUAUAUGUGUAAAAAUAAUCAAAAUGCAGAGGUAUUUGUUGAUGCAUUGUUUGAAAACAAAAGAUUAGAAGCUGUUGAAAUUGCAUCAUGUGGAUUCUGCUUCCUGAAACUGAUAUAUUCAUAUAGUAGACUCCUCAGAGACAAAAAUGAACAGAAAGAAUGUGGAUAUCACUUCUCUAGUGAUUUGAGAUAAUCUCCAAGUUACAUCAUUAGCUACAAAAAGCAACACACAAUAAAGUGAGUAUUAUGUGCUACUAUUUGUAUAUAAAGGGGAGGAAAUUGUAAGUACAGAAUGAAUUGUAUGUAUAAACUGUUCCUGGAAAGGAAUAUAAAAAUGUAAUUAAAAUUACUAUCUUACAAAAGGAAAGAGGUCAGUAGGUGACUAGGGAGAUAAAACUUGGAGAUACAUUUUAUAUUCUUUCAUAGCUUUGGAAAGUUGUACAGUGUGAAUAUACUACCUGUUUGAAAAACCUAUCUUUAAAAGCAUAUUGUAUUCCUUUAAUGGUCACUCUACAUACAGAAUUCAUAACACUUAAUAUAAGCUUGAUAGAGUUUAUUUUCAGUGAGCAAAUUCAAUAACCAGGCAAACAGAGAAACAAAAAUAUUCAUUCAGUUCCUAAGAUAUGUAGACAUUUUUCCCAAACCUAAAGUGAAUCUGUGUGUGUGGUCACCUGGGGACCAUAUUACAUAAGCCUAAAAUAACAAAAUCUGGAACAUAUUUCCAAUUUAGGUGCACAGUAACACAUGUGGGAAUUACCAUAUUACAUAAGCCUAAAAUAACAGAAACUGGAACACAUUUCAUAUUUAGAGUGCACAAUGACACUUGUGGGAAGUUACUUUAUUAAAAUCCAUUUAUAUCUUUUCAAAUCUUAAAGUGAUUUAAAAUUACUCCAUUUUUACAAAAAACAUAAAAUGCCAAUUCAACAGGAGGUAGAAUAACAUCCUAUAAAUAUCAUACUAGUGCUGGUGACAUGUAUUUUCUAAAAUCAGAGAUGAAAUUGGGACCCAUGAGAACAAUGUAACAUUUUCUGGAGAACAAGAGGUCUUGUUUGUGGAUUACUGUAUUUAUAAGCCCUCUUUUUAAUGUGGCUAUUAUUCAUUGAUUCUUGUCUAGCAUUAAUAAGCAACACAAGCUAUGUAAAACCUGGAGGUCAGCUGGGUUUGUACUUACCAAAACAGAUGAAUUAGACUUGAGUCUGUUUGUGCCUUUCUAGACUACCUAUUUUUAAGAGUGUGUGUGUCCCUGUCUCAAAAAAAAAA